AUGCCUAUAGAACAAUUAUUAGUUCAAUCUAUUGAUGAACUUGCUAGUCAAAUUGAAUUAGCUCAUCAAAAUAGGCGUCAUGUGUUCGUUUAUUUUUCUGGUUCAACUGAUAUGAACACUGGGGAUAGUUGGUCGGAGGAUUGUUGUAAAUGUGAAUCUAUUCUAGAAAGUACGAUUAGAGUUACUAAAGAUAGUGAUUUAUUUUUGAUGGUUGAAGUUGGCAACGAAAAGGAGUGGAAUGAUUCUAAUAACAAAUUUCGAAUUCAUCCACUUUAUCAAGUGAAAGAGUUGCCUACAUUACUAUCAUUAUCAUUUUUAAACGGACAAAAACAUAUAGUUAAUCGUCUUGAUGGUAAAUCAUGCUUAGAUUCAACAAAUGUGCAAAAUUUAUUUGAAGGCAAUUGA